CAAUUAGAGUUGAAAUGGGUACCUCGAGACACCUGGGGCAUUGGCCUCAGCUGGUUUAUGCUUUAGCCUUUUGCAUUAUAGCUACUAGUGUAGUAGCUGAUAAGCCUUACAUUUAUGUUUCACCUCCUCCACCAGAGCAUUCUCCUCCACCGCCUUAUUACUAUGAGUCACCACCUCCACCAUUGAAAUCUUCACCACCUCCCCCUAUCUACUACCAUAAGUCUCCCCCACCACAAUCUCCAUCACCACCUCCUCCAUAUGUUUACAAGUCCCCACCUCCUCCAUCUCCAUCCCCACCACCUCCUUAUGUUUACAAAUCACCACCACCACCACCAUCUUCACCUCCUCCGCCUUAUGUUUACAAAUCUCCUCCUCCACCAUCUCCAUCACCUCCCCCUCCAUAUGUCUACAAAUCCCCACCACCUCCAUCUCCAUCUCCACCUCCUCCAUACAUCUAUAAGUCUCCACCACCACCCUCACCAUCCCCUCCUCCUCCUUACAUUUACAAAUCACCACCACCACCAUCUCCAUCACCACCUCCUCCCUAUGUUUAUAAAUCUCCACCACCACCAUCACUCUCACCUCCUCCUCCUUAUGUCUAUAAAUCACCACCAGCACCAUCUCCAUUACCUCCUCCUCCAUAUAUUUACAAGUCACCACCACCACCAUCUCCAUCUCCUCCUCCUCCAUAUUCUUACAAGUCACCACCACCACCACCGCCAUCUCCAUCACCUCCUCCACCCUACAUUUACAAGUCACCACCUCCUCCAUCUCCAUCACCACCUCCUCCCUAUAUUUAUAAAUCUCCACCACCACCACCACCCUCGCCACCUCCUCCUUAUGUUUACAAAUCGCCACCACCACCAUCUCCAUCACCCCCUCCACCUUACAUUUACAAGUCACCACCUCCUCCAUCUUCAUCUCCACCUCCUCCCUCUAUCUAUAAAUCUCCACCACCACCGUCACCCUCUCCUCCUCCUCCUUAUAUUUACAAAUCACCACCACCACCAUCUCCAUCACCUUCCCCUCCAUAUGUUUACAAGUCACCACCACCACCAUCUCCAUCCCCUCCUCCUCCAUAUGCUUACAAGUCACCACCUCCCCCAUCUCCAUCCCCACAUCCUCCUCAUGUUUAUAAAUCUCCACCACCACCACCCUCACCCUCACCCUCACCUCCUCCUCCUUAUAUUUACAAAUCACCACCACCUUCAUCCCCAUCACCUCCUGCUCCAUAUGUUUACAAGUCACCACCACCACCAUCUCCAUCCCCUCCUCCUCCAUAUGUUUACAAGUCACCACCUCCCCCAUCACCAUCCCCACCUCCUCCCUAUGUCUAUAAAUCUCCACCACCACCCUCACCCUCACCUCCUCCUCCAUAUGUUUACAAAUCACCACCACCUCCAUCCCCAUCACCUCCUCCUCCAUAUAUUUACAAGUCUCCACCUCCCCCAUCUCCAUCCCCACCUCCUCCCUAUGUCUAUAAGUCACCACCUCCUCCGUCUCCAUCACCACCUCCUCCCUAUGUUUACAAGUCACCUCCUCCUCCAUCUCCUUCACCUCCUUCUCCUUAUGUCUAUAAGUCAACACCUCCUUACGUUUACAAAUCACCACCCCCACCUUCUCCUUCGCCUCCCCCUACCUACAUUUAUAAAUCUCCACCACCCCCAUCUCCUUCUCCCCCACCUCCAUACGUCUACAAAUCUCCCCCACCCCCAUCUCCCUCACCACCACUUCCUUAUUACUAUAAGUCACCUCCUCCUCCAUUAAAGUCCCCACCACCUCCAACAUACUACUAUAAGUCUCCACCUCCUCCUUCUCCAUCACCACCACCUCCAUACUACUAUGUUUCUCCUCCACCCCCAUCUCGUCAUCACUGGCCAAUUCCUCCAUACUUCCAUAACUCACCACCGCCAUUUGAGCAUGAACAUCCACCAUACUUCCACAAAUCACCUCAUCCACCUUCUCAUGAGUCUUCCUCACCCCCAUAUUACUACAAAUCACCCCCACCUCCAGAAUACUAUAUGGAAAAAGAUGAGAUGCAAUGUAUUGACACUAAAAAUGAAGGUGAAGACAUUGACUUAAAAGAUAAACUUGAUGAACUGGCUGAAUUUCCUCCACCAAAGAAGGUUAGCACCCAUGCAAGUCUCAAUAGGAGUUAUCCUUUCACAAUUAGAGUUGAAUUGCAAGAAAUGGGUACCUCGAGACACUUGAGGCAUUGGCCUCCGUUGAUUUACGUUAUAGCAUUUUGCCUCGUUGCAACUAGGGUAAUUGCUGAUAAGCCUUACAUCUAUGCUUCGCCGCCACCACCAGAAGAAGACUUAUCACCAUUACCACCAAAGCAUGAAGACCGCCCACCACAUAGUCACCAUGACGAGUCAUCACCUCCACCAUUGAAAUCUCUGACCCCACCCCCAGCCUCGUACUACUACAAGUCUCCCCCACCACCUUCUCCAUCACCUCCUCCUCCAUACAUUUACAAGUCCCCACCUCCUCCCUCAGCAUCUCCCCCACCACCCUACAUUUACAAAUCACCACCACCACCAUCACCCUCCCCUCCUCCUCCCUACGUCUACAAAUCACCACCACCAGCAUCACCUUCACCCCCUCCUCCUUAUAUUUACAAAUCCCCUCCUCCACCAUCUCCAUCACCCACACCUCCUUAUGUUUAUAAAUCGCCACCUCCACCAUCUCCAUCUCCACCACCUCCAUAUGUCUACAAGUCCCCUCCUCCACCAUCACCAUCACCUCCUCCUCCAUACAUCUAUAAAUCUCCACCACCACCCUCACCAUCACCACCUCCUCCUUACAUUUAUAAAUCACCACCACCACCAUCUCCCUUAUUUCCUCCACCAUAUGUCUACAAGUCCCCACCUCCACCACCACCAUCACCUCCUCCUCCAUACAUCUAUAAAUCUCCACCACCACCCUCAUCAUCACCACCUCCUCCUUACAUUUAUAAAUCACCACCCCCACCAUCUCCCUCACCUCCUCCUCCUUAUGUCUACAAGUCCCCUCCUCCUCCAUCACCAUCACCACCUCCUCCCUACAUCUAUAAAUCUCCACCACCACCCUCACCUUCACCACCUCCUCCUUACAUUUAUAAAUCACCACCCCCACCAUCACCAUCACCUCCUCCUCCUCCAUAUGUUUAUAAGUCACCACCACCACCAUCUCCAUCACCUCCUCCUCCUUAUGUCUAUAAAUCUCCACCUCCACCAUCUCCAUCUCCACCUCCUCCUUAUGUCUACAAGUCCCCUCCUCCUCCAUCGCCAUCACCUCCUCCUCCCUACAUUUAUAAAUCUCCACCACCACCACCACCCUCACCAUCACCACCUCCUCCUUACAUUUAUAAAUCACCACCACCACCAUCUCCAUCGCCUCCUCCUCCAUAUGUUUACAAGUCACCACCACCACCAUCUCCAUCACCUCCUCCUCCUUACAUUUACAAGUCACCACCUCCCCCAUCUCCAUCACCUCCUCCUCCAUAUGUUUACAAAUCACCACCACCACGCUCUCCAUCUCCUCCUCCUCCUUACAUUUACAAGUCACCACCUCUCCCAUCUCCAUCCCCACCUCCUCCCUAUGUUUACAAGUCACCUCCUCCUCCAUCUCCUUCACCUCCUUCUCCUUAUGUCUAUAAGUCACCAUCUCCUCCAUCUCCUUCACCCCCACCUCCUUAUGUCUACAAAUCACCACCCCCACCUUCACCUUCACCUCCCCCUCCCUACAUUUAUAAAUCUCCACCACCUCCGUCUCCAUCACCUCCUCCUCCCUAUGUCUACAAGUCGCCACCUCCUCCAUCUCCUUCACCACCACCUCCUUACGUCUACAAGUCUCCACCUCCACCAUCUCCUUCACCACCCACUCCAUACUAUUACAGCUCUCCUCCACCCCCAUAUCAUCUCUAG